AUGAAUAAAAUCGAUAUUAUUUCAAAUCAAUUAAUGAUCUAUGCUGGCAUAAUUAUGUAUUUAUUUGGUUCAAUUGGAAAUAUUUUAAAUAUAUGGGUAUUUACAAUAUGGUCUCGUUCUCCAAAACGAUCACAGAAACAUUAUCGACAUAGUCAAACAAGUAAUAGUUCAUUAUAUUUACUUGCAUCAUCCGUCGCAAAUUUAUUUGUUAUUAUUUAUCCUCUAUUAACACGUAUUAUGUUUGAUGGUUAUCAUUAUCGUGUAACAGACAAAAAUGUAUUUAUAUUAUGUAAAUUAAGAUUUUAUGUUUUACAUACAUUUGAUUUAAUAUCAUUGAUAUGUAUUUGUAUGGCAACAUUUGAUCGAUAUUUAGUAUCAUCAAGAAAAGUUCGUUUACGAAAAUUAAGUACAAGAAGACAACGAACAAAAUUAAUUAUAGUAUUUAUUUUUUUUCUUAUUGGACUUCAUAGUAUACCAAUAAUUCUAUAUUAUACUGUUUCAAAUACAAAUCAAUGUACAAUACUUUCAACAACAUAUUUAUAUUAUUAUUUAUGUAUAAUUCAAAUAAUCUUACAUGGAAUAAUACCAAUUAUAUUUCUUUCAAUAUUUGGUAUAUUAACAUUUCAACAAUUAAAAACAAUAAAAACACGACAUCAUCAUCGUCCUGGUGGUGGUCUUAGUAGUGAUAAACAAUUAUCACGUAUGCUUUUAUUAAUGUCACUUGCAAUUAUAUUAUCAUCAAUACCAUAUUGUAUGGAACAAAUUUAUGAAGUUAUGUUUAUUCGUGAUAAUCGUUUAAAAUCAUCCUAUUUUUUUCUUUAUCAUGUUAUAUCACAUAUAUUAUAUUAUACAAAUCCAGUAACAAGUUUUUAUAUCUAUUAUAUUUCAACACCUAAUUUUCGUAUUCAAGUAAAGAAGAUUAUUUUUUGUAAGACACAUAUUCAUUAUCUUGUUUAUUAUCAAGUGACAGGAGUAACUUCUUCGUCACAAAGUACAUCUGUUAAUAUAUGUAGUAAAAGUGAACACCAUUCGAAAAUUAAUAUUUCCUAA